AUGCGACAUUGGCUGGCGACACAGGGGCGUCGGUGCCUUCGCUCGGUGGCUGCUCAGCCACGCGAGCAGGUCGUAACACACAUAGCCAAAAAUCCAGCUGCGCUUGUUCCAGCCGUUCGUUCUACGCUCUGUGCUCGACCCGCAUCAGAUACCCUCUUGUUUAGCAUCAGCAAGGACCUACCCCGCGACGUCUUGCAACAGCUUGUGGCAUGCCUUACAGAGGCUCCUCAGCAUGUGGGAGCCUUAACCGGAUCACUUGAUGGUGUCCCUGGUACACCGUACAGCGUGUCUCUCGCAUCGAUUCCCAGAUCGCUGGCCACGCCCUUCCGGUCCAACAUACCUGGCGCACCGCGUAUCGCCGUCGGUCGGUGGCCCGAACAGAAAGAGAUAUGGCGCACCAAUCCACACAAACGCACCGACCAUCUUGAGUCCACCGGACAUUGGGCGCCACUAUGGGGCCGUGAAAAUGUCGAACAUCAAGUGCCCGCAGAACUUGAAGCACUACCUGCGCGCGAUGUGCGCGCCUUGUUCCUAUUCAGCGACGCCUACGCUCAAGGUUUGAUGGAGGGCCUUGACUUCCACUUCUCCCAGGCGCAUGUGCUAGGAAGCGUGGCUGCGUUCACCCCAUUUGUCACAGGGCGCGAACACACUCUGUUUUUCCAAACACACACACAUGCGCGGGGUAUCUACGAAAAAGGCGCUGUAGGCCUCGCCCUACAUGCACCAGCUUCACUUGAGCGGACAUAUAGCGGGCUCGUACCUGUCGGGCCGCGCCUUGCCAUCACCAGUGCGCGUGGGAACAUCAUUUCUUCGCUGAAUCACCACAAUGCAGCUCAACAAAUGAUUUGGCUCCUCACGAAUAGGAAAACGGCCCAAGGCGCGCCUAUCCAGGAUCCGCAACAUGUGCGCAGCAUGUCAAGCCAAGUCCGAAAAGACGACGAGCUUUUCCUAGGCAUUUUCGCUUGCCAGGAGGACGCCAUGCCCUUAACGAUGGCCCGUAUCCAGUCUGGACAUCCCAUGCGAGGAACCAUAAGUAUCGAUACGGACACCCAGAUUUGUUCCAACAUGUUUGCACAGUUGUACCGCUCGGGUGAGCAUGGACAACACAAAGACCCACCGGCACCUGCUCUUGUACGAUACACCAUGGCAUCAGGUGCCGAGAUGUCGAGCGCACUCAAGGGUAUGGCGCCACAACAAGGCACCACAAAUGGGGUCAUAUCCCUCCCAGGCAUCUUCUUCUCUGCGAGUGAGAUGGGUUGGUUCGGACGCCAUGCUUCGCAAUGCACACAGGCCUAUACCGUACCUCACGCAAGCGCUUCGCUAGUAUGGUCAUAG